CCACCAUCUCCUCCCAUGGGCAGUGCGACCAAGGAGAGCUUGCUUGGCACAUCAAGGACUACUGCAUCCAACAGAAGGUCAAAGCAUGGCUGGGGUGCUGCAGCUAUAGAUGAGUCCGUUGCACACUCUGUGGGGCAGAAAGCAGAUACUGCAGACAAUGGAAGAGCUCCUAGGGCUGGGCCCGCAUCGAGUGGCAUCCAGCUGUUAGAGGCAGCCAGAGAGGGCAACCUUGCAGCAGUCGAAACGAUGCUGGACAAUGGAGUGGAUGUUGAUUUCAAGAGCUUUUGGGGAGUGACGGCGCUGAUGGCGGCCUCCCAAAACGGUCACACACUCAUCGUGCGGAAGAUAUUGAACUCCAGUGCCAUGGUGGACCUUGUGGAUGAGGAUGGAUGGACGGCGCUUAUAUACGCUGCCUGGAACGGCCAUGGAUCCGUCGUGUCAACGCUGCUGGACUUUGGCGCAACAGUGGACCCAGUGACGGAAUGGGAGGCGACGGCGCUGAUAGUGGCCGCCCAGAAUGGCCACGCACCCGUCGUCCAGAGGCUGCUGGACUCCGGUGCGGCAGUGGACUUGGUGGACGAGUGGGGACGGACGGCGCUGAUGUUGGCCCCUUUGAAUGGCCACACACACGUCGUGCAACAACUGCUGGACUCCGGCGCGGCAGUGGACCUGGUGGACGUGGUGAAGGGAUACUGUUUGAAAGCAUUGCCGUUGAUAUAA